AGUCUCAAAGCAGAGUUGUACCAAAACAGAGUCAAUCUAAGAGAGAGAGAGAGCGAUUUCAGUAGCUUCUUUUUUAUUUUUAGUUUUGGUUCUUUUUUUUCUAUAUUAGGAAGAGAUUGAGAGUGUGAGGGUUUUAAUUGAUGGGUAAUUGCAGGUUUACGAUAUCAGAUAUGAUACCAAAUGCUCUGUUUCGCAAGCUUAAGAACAUGGCCAGAGCCAGGAAGAAGAGCUCCUCCCUUCACCCUGGCCGGAAAAAGCAGCCCUUUGCCGGCGCAGAGCCGAACAAACCGAAGCAAACCCAUUUUUCUCAGCCCAGAAAAUCCUAUCACAUCGCCAGGGAUCGCAUGAUCUCCGGCGACGGAUUCUCCAAUUCUCCCAAGACCCCAAGACCCUCACACUGCACCCAAUUGCCUGACCCGCCGAGAAAAUCCUCCCGCCGGUCCAAAUCCGGCAAGCGAAGCUACCGCCGGUCCUCGCCCCGCCUCGUCACUUCGUCUGUUUCCGCCGGCUGCAACUGCCGCCGGACCCCCAGCUCCAUCUGGACUCUGCCGGAAUCGACGCCGGAGCACUCGUCCUCGCCCAUCGACAGCUCCCACGAGACCGAAGUCAGCGAACCACUCUUGUCGGAGUUCCGCUCCGACAGCGUCCUCCCCACUGAAUCGUCCGACGGCGUCGUCUCGUGGUCCAGCUCGUUCAGCUGCGGAGUCAAUGCCGCUGCAAAUUUCGACAACGAAGUCGACGCGAGCUCUUUCGACAAGAAAAUUGAGAAGCACAACGCGUUCGACGUCGUUCCGGAGCGCGAAUUGCCCCCAAUUGUAACCAAACCUGCUAAAAUGAACGAUAGGGUAGGGGGUGGGAAGAAGAAAGAGAACAGAGAACAAAUUAGGCACGGGGGUUUAAAUCGAAAAGAGGAGAAAAAAUCAAAUGGGUUUUUUUGUAUCGAAGAGGAAAGCAUUAAUUAUCACCCAAAAGAUGAAAAAACAAAUCAGGGUAGAAGAAUUUCUGUGAGCUCUCCGGGAGUGAGACUCCGGACUCACUCUCCGAGAAUCGCUAGCCGGAAAAUCCAAGCCGCCCGGAAGAGCACUUCAUCGAAUUUGAGCUUGAGCUCGUCGAAGGGAGGCCUCUCGGAGAGCUUCGCCGUCGUGAAGUCGUCGUUCAAUCCGCAGAGGGAUUUCAGGGAAUCAAUGGUGGAGAUGAUUGUGCAGAACAACAUCUGGGAGUCGAAAGACCUUGAAGAGCUUCUUGCUUGCUACCUUUCCUUGAAUUCCGAAGAGUAUCAUGACCUCAUUAUCAAAGUCUUCAAGCAAAUCUGGUUCGAUCUCACUGCAAUCCGAAAGAAGUAAAUUCUCCGACAGUUUAGAUGUAAAUUUCUUCCUCUUUUUUUUUUUUUUCUUGGGUUUGGGGUUGAUCUUUUCCUUUUUCCUUUUUUUCUUUUUUAAUUUUUAAAUGAAGCUUUCUAAUAAAGAUUUAAGUUUUCGUAAUUGGGGGAGGUGAACUUGGGCUUCGGCAAGACUAGCUAUGUAGAAAUCUCUCAUCUCAGAAGCUCAAGCUGGGUUUCGAUGUGUAUAUCGUGAAGAUAAAUGGAAGAAAUAUUAGGUAUUCUAAUGUCAAA